GUCUGACUUACACCUGAACAUACAAACCUCACUCUCAACGUCUCUGAACCAAAAAAAACUCACUCUCACUUACAUCGGCGGCAGAGGGCCUUCGUCGGCGGCGACCUCUGAGUCUCAUCUCUCUCACAUUUUCUGCACUCAAUCGCAGUGUGAGGUUACAGAGGCUUUCAUUUCCAAGCCCUUCACUCCGCUCCAAGAUAUGGACCCACAUGGAGCUAUACAGACUUUGUUGACGAGGCAGGAUGAACAUCGUUCAAGUUUGCUUUGGGAUGCUCAUUUGGAAGGCGAGGAAGUGCCAGGUGUAUUGACUUGUCGUCACCAAGACAAAGGUCUGCUUGAAGGAGGGGUAGAUGGGUUAGAUCCACGAAUUCUCGCUUAUAUCACUGAUGCGGGGUUAGAUGGGCUGCUUCGGGUCCCACAUAUGGACAUUGACCACGCAUUGAUCACAGCGUUGGUGGAGAGAUGGCGGCCGGAGACGCACUCAUUUCACUUGCCCCACGGUGAGAUGACCAUCACACUACAAGAUAUGGAGGUUAUAAUGGGGGUACCUGUAGAUGGCUUGCCGUUGGUGGAAACUAUACCCUCGACGGGCAGUUGGCGUGACGUUUGUCGUAGAUUGCUAGGGUACCAGCCGCCAGAGAGACAACUUGGAAAAGAUAAGAACACUGGAGUGCUGGAAGGGGUGAGCAUAAAAGCCAAAUGGCUUGAGGAUCAGUUUCGCAACCCUCUCCCGGUUGACGCCCCUGAGGCGCUUGUGCAGAAGUAUGCUCGUUUUUACAUUUUGGAGUUGUUAGGUGGUACGCUAUUUAUGGAUAAGUCUGGAGAACGGAUCUCAAUUAGGUAUUUGCAAUAUUUUGAUCCAAUCAGCAACGGAAAGAAGUAUAGUUGGGGUAGUGCAGCACUAAGUUGGCUCUAUAGACACCUCUGUAAGGCAUCAGAGAAGACAGCCAAGUAG